CAUAUUUAUAUAAAAAAGCGAAUAAAAAGAGAUCUAUGAUACGCAGUGGCUGUAUUACGAUAAAAUGUGCGGUUUUCGCAAUUCAUAAUCACGCAUGCUUUUAUCGCUUGCUCGUUCGCUUUCGAACGACUUCCGUGUAAUGACGAAAACACGCAGCACACACCGGGCACGGUAUAGUCAGUGUUUUAAACGGCGGUCGUUGGAUCGAUUUUUCCUCUGCCACCUGUAUACUGUCACACAGUCGACCGCACACUCAUACAUAUAGAAAGGUAAAAGCUAUACGGAAUUAAUGGCAAGGUGAAGCCGAGCUCGCAGUACGCCGCGCAAUUCGGUAGCAAAGGGCUGCCGCGUCGUCGGGAACUUCGCUUCCGCCUGUGCUCACGCACAAUUAAAAAUAGAUGUAAAAUAAAUGGAUUGCAUAUCGACGAUCACGGCUGUUAUUUGCGCAUUCGUGUUAUUUGCAUGUGCGAUUUCUAAAACAAAGGAAAUUUCCGCAUUUUAAUUUAUUACGAGUACAGUUGGUGUAACGCAAUUACCUUCGGCGUUGUCAUUCAUUUAAUAUUCUAAUUAAUCGGGUUUCUCUAACAUUCGUCCGAAUUGUAGCACAGGCAUUGAGACAUACCACCUGUUCAUCGGACGGGGAAAAACACUACACGUUGUGUGACGUCAAUCGCAUAACUUAAGUAUACGUUCGAAGAAAAGCGAUGACCGUUUGUAUAGAAAGUAUAAAGUGAAAUUUAGUAGGCAUCGAGAAACGUUCCCUUUCUAGCACGAAAGUUCUUCGAGAUGUCACUGAUAAGACAGAUUACAGAAUGAUCGAAGUUUCACUUCUAAACGAUGAAAUUUAAGUAACGAACUUUAACCCUUUAAUUGUUUUCGUGUCUUAUAUCGAUAUAUAAAAACAUUGAGGGUUGAACUCGUGGAAGAUUUAUUGUCGGCAGAAAAUACGAUUAUGCUCGCUCCGCGACGCGAGCAAUUCACGAAGGACUUUUAUACCCGUGAUUUGUGUAGAUCACUAAUAUCGAUAAAAUCGUCAUGAAGUGGAAGAGAGAGCCUUGUGAAUUUUUAUCGCAGAAAACAUUUCUCAUAAUAAAGGAUGACUUGGAUAUUUCAAAAGAUCCGACUAAGACGACAAAUGGCAAGAAGGCAGCGGCGAAAAAUGCAGCGCGUAUCGGCACCUGGCCGCCAAAAAUGAAGCGCGUAAAGGUUUUCUGCGAGAAGGAGCCGGAGAGGCCAAAAACGGCGAAUCUUACAAGGCCAAGUGUACUGGACCCCGCGCUUGUGAAUAAGCUUGACAUGUCGUUGCUCAGUAAGGAAUUGCUCUGCGACUCGAUGACGCGUUUUCAUCAGAAUGGCAAACCAGUCAGUGGGGGUACGACAUCAUCAUCAUCAUCGUCGUCGCUAUCAUUGCUGUUACCGUCGCCGCCGUCGGUAUCACGACGACGCCAAAGCGCCGUCGUCAAUAUCGCGACGACUACCACCUGGUCGUCUCAUGACGCUCCAGUGCGUCGUCAGCGACGGAGCUUCGAACAGAUUUACGAGCCGCGGGUCGCAGCGGGUCUAAUGGAGGAAAUUGACAGAUCUCGAUCGCUUGCAGUUAUCGCGACGCAGGAAUCUGUGUCCAAACGAAACUCCGACAUCAGAAGGCUCGACGAUAAUAAUAACAAAAACAGUCCUCCUAAAGUGCUAUCAAUGGUGAAGAAGAAGAACUCGCGGGCCGGUCUAUCAAAUGAUCUGGAAAUAUUCACUUCCACCUCAAAGACAACAAAAAGUGCGCCAGAGCCUUGCAAGACUUGCGGGCGUCCAGAUCAGCCGGAGAGAUUUCACAGUCAUCCUAAGGGCAGUCAGUCCAAAAUCAAGGAUAUUCCAUCGCCGAUGAUAAAAUCGAAGCCUACGGUGUUGUCGGUACCAAAAUCCAUUCAGAAGCCGGUGGCGUUGAAUUUUCGUAGCGACCGAAACAGGAAUAAACUGGAUGAGACCGAGAACCCGGUCAUUCCUCAGAAUCAUUCUUCUCAGGUCUCGGAUCAGCAAAGCAGAUCGUUGUCCGCGCUGAUGAAACGAGGUCCCAGGAGUGUCACGUGCUACGUAUGUGGUCGAGAAUUCGGCACUGCCAGCUUUCCUAUACACGAGCCUAAGUGCAUGGAGAAAUGGGAGCGCGAGAAUAAUUUGCUGGCUCCAUCUCAGAGACGGCCCAGACCACAAAAACCUGCGGUUGGUAUCGAGCACAAUGAUUGGAACGCAGCUGCAUGGGAGCAGAGUCAGGAGCAAUUAAUUCCGUGUGCGAAGUGUGGGAGGACGUUUUUGCCUGAACGAUUGCCAGUUCAUGAGAGAAGUUGCAAAGCCACGCCUAAGAAUAACGAACGACUGGCCACUCCAGUGAAUGGGCGUAAUGCACCGCCUACCGUUCCCUGUAGUAUUUGUGGACGAAGAUUCGGUACUAGAAGCAUAAAGAUUCAUGAGCCUCAAUGCAAUAGACGAUGGCAAGCCCAGAAUGAUGUCAGCCAACAGGAAGAUCCAGCCCUUUACAGGCAAAAAUCAGUCAACAGUGGACAGGGAAGUUCACAGUCAAUGUAUCCGAAUUUGUCGCAAAAGAAAACGGUUACAUGUUAUAUCUGUGGUCGAGAUUUCGGAUCGUCUAGUAUCGCUAUUCAUGAGCCCCAGUGCUUAAAGAAGUGGCAUGCCGAGAAUGAUAAGCUAUCGCCGGCUCGAAGAAGAAAGGAGCCGCAAAAACCUGAAAUUAUAUACAUACGUACAAUACAAUCAGCAAUGACGACUUCACUGUUCGCAGAGGAUCCCAGCACCGGAAAUAUGAUGGUUGACCAGGCAGCAACAGUCGAGGCCAACUGGAUGACACAUCUGAGCCAAUUGGUACCCUGCAAGCAUUGCGGAAGAACUUUUAAUCCCGAUCGUGUGAACAUUCAUGAGAAAAGCUGCAAAGGGAGUCGUUAAGAAUCUACCAGCUCUCUCUCACCUUAAUGUUAGAAUAUAUUAUAUUAAUCAAGUAUCGCUUAUAUUUUUUAGAAGUGAUCUGUGUUUUUACAUGGAUAUUAUAAAUAAUAUCGACUUCUGUAACAUAGCGUUCAUGUGGAGAUUUUUAAGUUUUUUUACUUAAAACUUAAAACUGCUUAAAACUUU